CAGACCGGGAAUAUCAAUAGGCAUAUUGGAAUAGAAAAGUGAAAUAAAAAAAGAAUAUCAUCUCUAAAAUUACCGGUCCAUUACUCAACCCUUUCCAUUUUAUAAUUUAUCAGGUUUGAACGUCCAAACUCGUACAUUUUAUUCCUUUACCAAACACAACAUGGACGAAGUUUUAGAAAAAUUGGAAUCUACAAUUAUAAGUCCGGAAACUACAGAACAAGGAACUAACGAUUACCAGGCUCUCUACAAAAAUUGGGGCAGAUUGGGAAAUCAAGAAGAGAGGCGUAAAGAAUUACUAGAACAACAAAAAACUAAUCGCAAUGACAAGAUUGAUGCAUUUCGAGGUAUACUGGAACUUGUGAAAGUGGUAGAAGAGAGAAAUAUUUUCAAGCCUUAUAACCGGGUACAUUACCGGCCUAGCAUAUAUGUUGCGGGCUUCAACAGGACCUCUGCCACCUAUAGCAAUGUUCUUAUGUUGUCGGAAUGGAUAAUAGAGAAACCGGCGGACUUCAGUGAGAACUGGAUGGUGGUGCCGUGCCCUAAAGGUGUCCGGAUGCUUAUUGUAGCAAAUCAGGGAAAAACUAGAGCCUACACAAAAUACGGGCAUUUCAAGAUGGAGUUCCGAUCUGUUCUCCCCGGUGGCAAUGGCAGUGAAUACUCGAAAAGUCGCUGCUGUGUGUUGGACUGCUUCUAUGCUGAGAAAAAGAAGAUAAUGUACAUACUAGAUAUCUUGGCCUGGAACAAUCAGCCCAUGACAGAUGGAGAGUUGGAGUUCAGACAGUACUGGAUCAAAUCACAGCUAAUGGAACUGCCCCAGCUGACCACUGUAAGCAAGAAGAACCAAAUAGUGUUCCAACUACUUCCGAUGGUGCCUUGUACUCCAGAAUCAUUUAAUAAUUUCAUGAUGACGUAUCCCCCAUUCGAAGACAACAACCCCGCACUGGACGGCCUGCUGUUCUACCACAAGAAGGCGCAUUACGUCUCCGGCGAGACGCCCCUAGUGGGGUGGCUGUUCCCUUACAUGGUGCCAGAGGUGCUGGGAUCUGAUAUAACUGUACACCCACAGUUCCUGAGCGCAAAACCGGCGGGUUACGUAGACCAAGCCCAGUUUAUACAAGCAUUUGAGGCUAAAAUGGACAAGAAGAAGAACCGAGGCAGGAGGUCUAGUUGCUCGAUGGAUACCAGUGGCAGCACAGAGACUGAUCCCAAAGAAAAUCCAUUACAUAGUCCUAAAACUGAGAAUGGAUCCAAAGAUACUGAAGAAAUGGAAGCUGAAGUAAAACCAGAUGCGGUCAUAGACAAUAAGCCAGAAGUUAUGGACGCGGAAGAAAAAACAACCUUAGGCAAAGAUAAUAUAGACCCAGAAUCAGAUCUUAUAACAGACGAAAAAGAAAAAUAGACAUUUAAGGUAUUUGGAUUUACUGAAUUAAAUAAAACAUUUGCUAAAGAUACGGCAUGAUUUUGUAUUUUAUAUUUUGUACUUCAUUAUAAAACUAAAGUAUAACUCGGUAGGUAUAAAUCAAUUUCAGACUGACAGACAGCUGAAAGGAAUGUUUAAGGUCACCUACCGGGACGAUAACUUUUCCUGUACCUACGAUUUGAUGUACGUAAAUUAAAUGUAUAUCUGAUAACAUUAUACAUAUUUAAUUUGUAAUAUGAAAGUAUCAAGUAGUUUUUUUGUCUUCGUAAGUUUUUGUUGUGUCAUUUUUAAACGUAAAACUUAUCAGAGUAUAUUAUAUUAACCUGGAUUUACCAUAUUAUUGUUAAACUUUUUACAUAUGGCUGCAUGUGAUCAUUGUUAAAAGCAAAUUCCUUAAAUUGAAGUUUGUAUUAAUAGGUAAGCUAUGAAACUUAUGUUAUGGUUUUGUAUAAAAUAUCUGUUACUGUUUAAAAUUAUCCUCCUAAAGAAAUCAAUAAAAAAGAUAUGCGCAUUCCUUUCGAAUAGAUCAACGACGUCAGUUUGAAGCCUUACAAGCUUUUACAUCUAACGUGGAAUAUCACACUGAUGCGGAUCCGCGUUUCGUUCCGGUGUGUGAACAAGACAGCUCUAUUCUAUGGUCUAUAGCGAGGUCCCGCUCCCACACUGGAGCGGCGUGCUGAGUGCCGAUCUAUAUUCAAUGUGAAGACCACCAGGGUUUUAUUCC